GAUCACGUGACCCAGGCGUCAAGAAAUCAGCUGGGGACUCGGGAGUUUCACUCAGGAAAUCCAGGUUUGGUGUCUCAUUCUGCGAAGAUCUCCAUCAUGUCUGGAUCAGGCGGAGUUGACGCAAAUGUGCUAGCGCAGAAUAUAAGUUCGAAUAUCCAGAGAAUAACAUUGCUAACUAAUGAAAUCCAGCAGAUGAUGAGACAUUUUGGAACAGCACUAGACACGACUGACCUGCGCCAGACAUUACAGGAGAAACAGCAGAGAGUCAAUCAGCUUGCUAAAGUGACCGACAAAUGCAUGAAAGAUUUCAGUGCUUUACCUGUGACCACAGACCAGCGGCAAAGAAAAAUCCAGCGAGAGCGUCUCAUCAAUGAAUUCUCCAACGCGCUAGCCAUUUUCCAGAAAGCUCAGCGAGAGGUCGCAAAGAAGGAGAAGGAGUUUGUGGCACGAGUCCGAGCGAGCUCGAGAGUUUCAGUUGGUGAUACAGAUGAUGGGUUUGGAGGGUUUUCAUCACCCUUUCAAAGUGAGGUUCGUGCUCAAACUCAGAGCUAUGAUGAAGCCAUCACAGAGGAAGAUCUGCAGCUCAUUCAGGAGAGAGAAUCAGCAAUCAGACAGCUGGAGUCGGACAUCACAGACAUUAAUGAAAUCUUCAGAGAUCUGGGCGUGAUGGUGCUUGAACAGGGAGACAUGAUUGACAGUAUAGAGGCCAAUGUAUCGAGCGCAGAGAUCAAUGUGCAGUCGGCCACACAGCAGCUGAGCAGAGCAGCAGGUCACCAGACUUCAUUCCGCAAGAAGAUUUUCAUCCUGAUCGCUGUUCUGAUUGUGGCGGCUGUCAUUAUUGGUUUGAUUAUCUGGGCUUCUGUCAAAAAAUGAGCUGACUAUCUGAUGUCCAACAGAAUUUGCACUGGCAUGUUUAUAAUGAGUUAUAGACAAAGGUUUGUGAUGAAGUGAAGCUUUCUAAAUACAGAUAUUGCCACUAACGGAAUGUAUAGCAUAAGUUAAGCUCUAUGGACUGCAUGUUUGGUGUGUGCUUCAUUAAAUGUUCCACAGAGACUGUACGUAGAGCUUAACUUGUGUUUAAAAUGUUCACAUUGAUGCUGUUAAUAGAUAAUCAUUCCAGCUUCAAGCAUUUCACCCGUCUGGUGUGUUAUAGAAGCUGCCAUUCUUAAAUAUGAGAUUGAAAAUGGCAAAGAAUGAAUGUGUUUAUCUCUGACAGUCAGUAUGAAGCUGCUGCUAUAAAUGUGGAAAUAUGCACUUCACUUUUAAACUGCUCUCAAAUACUAUAUUUAAAUAAAUAAAAAAUAAAUAAAUUGUAAAGAAUCAAAAUAAAAAUAAGAGCACGCUACAAAACAUCAGUCAAAACGUUAGUCUAGUCAUAAUAAAUUAAAUCUAAGUCUAAUAAAGUAAAUCGAAACCUAAUUCGCUCGAAUAUAUAUAUAUAUAUACUUUUUGUUUUUUAACAAGUGGAAUAAUCUCUGAAUUUUAAGCACAAAACAAAAACGGUGGAAAUGAAAUGCAUUGUAAAAAAAUAUCUGUGCAGAUUAUUAUAUGACGCUACAAAUUCUCUCAUAUCCAGGUAAACGUAAAUGCACUUUGUGUUACCCGAUUCCUUUUAAAUUUUGUUAUUAGCCAUGUAUCCAGUCUCACUGUGCCAAAGUCUUCUUUGUAAAAUCCUGAAAUAGAUGCUGCAGUUUCAACAAACAUGCAAUGUCAGUAAAUGUUUGUUUAUAUGUAUGAUAUUGCUGUAUAUAAAUGUUGCAUGACCUGAAAUAAGUAUGGUUAAUCAUUAAAAGGGAAAUAAAUCAGGUUUACCCAAUUGCAAGAAAUAACCACUAGAUGGAGACAAAGUCAAAUGAAGAGUUUCAUUUUAAAGUUCAGCUGAAAUGAGUCAGUUCACCUUUGACCUGGCACACACAGGGCUGGAAAUGAGUAACACAUGCAAAAUGUUUGAAGAAGGGCUGCCUAAUUAAUUUAUUUUGUAGGCUAUAAUUUAUCUUCUUUUUGAAAUUUUUCAUGAUUUAGUGCAGUUUUAAAUUGAAAUUAUGUAAAUAAUGUUAAUCACCAUUUUCCAGAAAACUAAUAAAAUGGAG